UAUAGAUAGGUAAUAUAGAUCAGUGGCAGGCUCCCUUUGCGGUUGCUUAGAUACGUUUGUUUGAUCGAUAUUUUACACAGCGCUAUGUAAGACUUUACAACAUGAACGAGAACAGAAGUUGCAUCGAUUCGAAUGAAUUGUUUGCGAUAAUCUGAAUUUCGAUUAUGGCGAUAGUUAUAAAAGAUUAUCAGUGGCGACAGACGGAUAAAAGAAUAAUAAUUCACGUGCCUCUGAGAGGUCGCCCUAAAAAUGUGGAUUUAUUCGUUAUGGAUAAUUACGUAAAGAUUAGCUUUUCGCCUUUUAUUUUGGAAUUAUUUCUGUGGGAAAACGUGCUUGAAGAGGAGAGUGAAUGUACUUUGACGGACACCGAAGCUAUUUUUUCUUUGCAAAAAGCGAACGUGGCUAUCGAUUGGCCGAGUCUCGAGGCGGAAAACAUUAACAAGAGUGAAAAGUGUCAUACUAGAAACCGAAUUUUAGAGAAAGCUCAAAGUGUUUUGGAAAAUCGUGCAAAACUCAAGAAAGAAAAACUUCAAAAUCUGCAAAAAGAAGCGGUAAAAAUACAGAUCAAUGUGGAUACGAAUAUAUUGAAUAAAAUAGAGCACUUGAAAGACUGUCAUCGGAAAGCUGCAAUGCAGGAUCUUGAAGAAUGGCGAUCAAAUGCGGAAAUGCCCUUCCUCCAGGAUAUACCCGGCAAAGUGCAAAAAAAUAGAAAGGCGUAUAGGCCUCCACUUCAGUGGUUCGAGGAUAAUCUUGACAUCAUAAAAUCUCGAGAACUUGACGAGAAAGAGAUCGAAAUAGAAGAAAAACAAGAAUCCAUAGUUAUAGAAGAAUUAAAGGAAGAAUUAAUUGUUAAUGAGAACUCCGAGAAAGAUUCAACCGAAGGAAACAUGAAAGAAGAAUUAAUUAUUAAAGAAGACAUAAAGAAAGAUCUGAUUGUUAAAGAAAAUACGAACGAAUCAUUAAGUAUCGAGAAAGAUCUGAAAGCAAAAUCAAAUAUUGAAGAACACUCGGAAAAAGUAUCAAUAAUUGAACAUCAUCCGAGAAUAGAAUCAAUCGAUCGGACGAAUUUAAAAGAAGGUACAAUUCUCAAUGAAAAUAUCGGCAAAAAAGUGAAUGUAGAAAUAAGGAAAACAACAAGAAAUCCGAGCGGGGAUUUUAAUUUUGAUGAAUGUUCAAGUUGUUCUGAAGAUUCCGAAUCAGAUGACGAGAUUACAGCCUCCAAAUCUUCAACGAAGCCUUUAGUUAAGGAAAUGAAUCAGAAAUCCUUGAAAAAAUUCUAUAAGAAGACGGAGAAGCAAAGACCAGGCCAGGAAUUGAUUGACAGAAUAUUGAAGGGUCGAUAUCCCAAAAUAAAUCAAAUAUUCGAUGAGCCUACGAAGGCCGUUCCACUACCUAGAAGAGGUGGAACGAUUAAUGUGACUUUUUCUGAACGGGCCUUUCCCACUCCGGCAAGAGAGAGUGCCUUCAUUGAAGAACAGGAAUGGCUCUCGAAGCAAGCGGAAGCUAGAAGAAAAACAGGAUUUGUUGUCGAGGAUCUCCGUCCUGAAGAACAGGAUCCGCAAUGGCUGAAAGACAAGGGCGAUGAAUUCUUCAAAGCGGGGAAUUAUUUAGCUGCCAUCAGUGCAUAUACACAUGGAAUAAAAAUCAGCGACAAGCUGGCGGCACUUUAUGUGAACAGAUCUGCUGCACAUUUUGCGCUUGGAAAUUAUUACAGAUGUAUUGAUGAUUGUUCUAAGGUACUGGAACUAAUGGAACCAAAGUGCGAAAGCAACAGAGUAUCGCGAGCAAAGUGUCAUGCUCGUCGGGGUGCUGCGCUUUGCAAAUUAUCUGCACCGCAGCAUGGAAUCCCCGAAUUAGAAGCUGCCUUGAAACUAGAUCCGAAUAACAAGAGUAUUAAACACGAUCUUUAUGCCGUUAGACAGUAUUUUAAUAUACAAGAAUAAGGAUAGUUGGGGUUUUCUAAAAUGUUUUCCUCGUAAAAAUUUUAUAUUUAAGAAAUGUCUUAAUUUAUUUGCUUGCAGUAAGUUGAUUAAAUGUAUAU